AUGAAGAGGAGGGGACGGAGCACGAGAGGUAACAAUGGUGUUGUUAGCAGCGCUUGGAGUUCCAAGGUUUGUCCUGAAACUAAUAAUGACCAUGAGAAAGAGUAUAGGGAUGUCGAUUUUGUUGAUUCCACAUCAAAUCCAAGCUACGACGUCUAUUCUGUUGAGGGGUUCAAGGAUUCAUCGGACCGUGAUACCUCAAAUACGAGCAAAGAAGCCCAUGGAAGUGAGUGCUUAGAACCUAUUUGGGACGUGCAGGUAAGAGGCCGAGUGUAUGACAAGAUAGGAACCGGUGUUACUAUUGUAGAUAGUGUAAGAAGCUGGUUGGAGGAGUUGGGGUUUGGUAGGUAUGCUGAUAUAUUUGAAAUGCAUGAGGUAGAUGAGGAAGUGCUGCCAUUACUUACAUUUGAAGACCUCAAAGAGAUGGGAAUAAAUGCUGUUGGACCCCGGCGAAAGAUGUACACUGCAAUUCAGCAUUUAAGAGAAGGGAGGAAUUUCUAUUUGAUAAACUACACCAAAUGGGCAGACAAAGAUGUUGGAGACGGUUUCCGCCGUGCCAGGAAUGGUCGGAGGGAUGCUCUUGCCCUGCAAGUCCUUGAGGCGAUUCGAGCACAGUGGGGGUUGGAUUAA